AUGGCUACCCAUUCGACGCAACAGUUGCUGGAGGACUAUACGGGCAAGAUGGUGCCGUAUUCCUUCAACGCGGGAUUUGUGAGCUUGAGUUUUGCCAUUAGCUUGGUUGGCACGAGCACAACUCUCGAGUUGAUUAGGAAGAGAACGCAUCACAGAGGAAUACAUAACCUAUUGUUACUCAUCGGCGCGGCUAUUGGCAUGGGCGGUAUUGCUAUUUGGUCAAUGGUACGGUACACCAACACCAUUACAUGCAAGCUCUUCGUUGCGUCACACGCCCACUUCAUCGGCAACCGAGCCAUCUACAUGCUUGACGGCGACGAAGCCUUCCAGAUCGCCUACUCCACCACCCUAACCGUCAUGUCUCUGCUCGUCCCCAUCUUCGUGCUCAUUCUCGCAUUCCUGGGUGUCAGUGGGAGCAGCCGAAUUCGAUGGUGGCGAAUUGCCAUGGCCGGGUUGCUCGCUGGAGGCGCCAUUUCCGGGAUGCACUAUCUGGCGGACGCUUCCAUCAGCAACUACGAUGCCUCUUACAAACUGUCUUAUCUGAUUGGCUCGAUUAUCAUCUCGGUCCUUGCCAGUACGACUGCUCUCGCGCUCUUCUUCGUCUUUGAAAAUACAUGGAACAAUGCCUGGUGGAAACGGCUGGGUUGUGCCGUGGUCCUCGCGGGAGCCGUGUCUGGCAUGCAUUGGUGUGCGGCUGUCGGCACGCGAUAUACAAUGACCCGACGCACCAAGACCAAGGAGGUAUCCCGUCAGGAUGCCAUGGUCAUCGUUAUUUGCCUGUCUAUCGCUGCUGGCGUAGUCAUGACUGGUAUGGCCGUCUACUCUGGCUGGGUGAGACGAGAAUACGCCAGCAAGUCUCAGCAAGUCGUCUUGGCGGCCGGCGUCUUUGACGACAAGGGCCGCAUCAUGCUUAAUCAGGACGGUUACUUGCCAAGUGAAGUCGUCACAGACACAUACUUGCCCAAGCGGCAGUCCAAUGAUGACGUCUUCAACACAAGCCACCCUCUCUUCCACUGGAUGUUCCGCGCCUCUCGAAACUGGGAUACCAUUGCCAAAGUCAUGGACAAGAUGGCCAGCCACGUCGCUUUCCUCGCCCAGGAGCGCAACAUUGGUAGGGCAGGCGUCAGACUCAUCGGCGACGACGGCGUCCUCGUAGAAGACUACGACAUCAUUCUGAGAGAGCUCUUUUGCGUGACUGCAGACGCCCUCGCCACAAAGACCAAGGAGACUCUCACGGGAGUCGGAACCCUGUGGGACGAAAUCUUUGUUACUGGUGACUCAUCCAAGGCUCCAGGCACCUGGCAAAAGACGCGCAAAGACGAGCUCAACGUGGCAGAAAAGGGGUUCCAGCACAAUGACCAAGAAUACGGCCGUGGUUGCCUCAUGUUCCUUGUUCGCCAGGUCGAAAGCAAGCGAGAGGUCGAUAAGCUCCAAGCGGCCGGGUACCGAUUUGCCGAAGUCCACCAGGUUGCCGGCGCGAUUCGAUCCAGCAUGCAAAUCAAGACGCCCGACCUGGAGGCUCGGCUGCAAAACAUGGCCAGCCAGAAGGACAAGUCCAGCAUGCUCACUCCCGGCGUCCAUGUGGGCAUGUUCUCCGUGCGCGCGCGCCUUCACAAGGGCGGCUUCGACGUGCUCGCUCAAAAGACGGCCAGGAACCUGCUGCCGUCCGUUCCCCUGAGUAUCAAGCAGCUUGAGCCCUUGCAAGUCGGGUUCCUGGACACCAUCCGCGGCAUGGCGCUUUCAACGGUUCUGCUCAAGCUGAGGAACCACAAGGCCAACUCGCCGCAGGAGGCAGCUUUUGUUGCCGCCCUCGGAGACGGCAUCUCGGCGCUGCAAGACUUGCUCGGCGACGAGGCCUUUGACGAGGCGACCUUGUUGCCCAAGGAAGUCCAGCUGCCCUGCGCCGGUGCCGUCGAAGGCAAAUCUCUCUCAACAUGCACCCUUAUCGCCUUCCAGCUCGUGCUGCCGAUUCACGCAGGCGUCGCCUUGGCUUCGUGCGAGUUCACGUCCCUCAGCUUCUUCAAGAUGCGCCAGCUCACAUACGAGGGCUCUUCCCACCACGUCGAGUUUUCGCACAUGGUCCACCGUGACAUGUCGUCAACGGUGCACGACAUGUCCGCCGGCCAGUCCAGCUCGGCACCAACGCUCGGCAGCAGGCUCCUCUCCCGGGCCAUGGGCAGGUUCCCACGUCACGCACUUGGCCGGCGGCAAAACGCGUCCGCCAUCUCGCUGGCGCCUACCAAGAGCCAAGAAGAGCUGUCCAAGGCGACGUCGCAGCCCAGCUCGCUGUACAACGGCGACGACGGAAGCUUCGACGAGUCCCUGAAGCCCCCUGCGCCGGGCCUCUCCCCUGCUGCCAAGGAGGCUCCCAAGCACAAAAGCCAAGAUAAGCAGUCCCACGCCUUUGGCGGCAUCAUGGUAUCACAAGAGAUAUCGAUCAAGGUCCACGAGACAAAAGAAGGGAGCAGCCCCGACACACAGGUUCUCCAACAACAGGGCUCCGAGCCGAAACAUGGACGCUCCCAGGCCGACACGCAGAGAAAGUUGGGCAACUACUACACUGCCACCGCUACGGGCGAGACCAAGAUGCCGGGCCACGCCAAGGCCCUGGAGUCCGCGUUUGUCGACGAACUGCUCGCUCUAAGCAUGCAAGCAGACAAGCGGACGGCCGUGUAA